CGUGUUUCUUGCAAGGUUGUUUUGGUUAUUCUCUGUCCGCUCAUGCACUUUGCCCAGCUUUGUUAACCUAAAGGUGGCAAACCCGACAUUACUGCGACUUACAGGAGCAUUCUCAAUUCCUCAUUGGUGAAGCUCUCUCUCUAACUCUCCCCUAGUCGACUAGUGCCGCGGUGGCUGCCAGCUCCCGAUCAACAACGAUGGUUACCCACGUCCACCUUACCAACUUUGCGUCAUAUACGCCGGCGGAGACGAUCGAAAUUGUCAGCCGAACGGGCGUGAAGAAGGGAAAUAUGCGGGCUGACAAGGUGUUCUUGUCCAGCGUCUCGGCCGGGUGCUUGUCGGCUUUCGCGGCCGGAAGCUAUCUGAUUAUAUGUACUUCGCCGUGGUUGGAGGAGAACGCGCCGGGUUUACUUCACUCGUUGGGGGCUUUUGUAUUUCCAUACGGUUUGGUUUUUGUGGUUUUGACAGGAGCCGACUUGUGCAACGGCUCGUUCCUGUUUACUGCUGUUGCUGCGCUGCAUGGCCGUCUUCCCGUGUGGAGAAUGCUCCUCCACUGGUUCCUGUGUUUUUGGGGUAACCUUGCCGGUUGCCUCUUUGUGGUUCUUAUUCUGUUUGGAUACGGCGGUACUUUUGACGAAGAUCCGUUCAAGUCGAAGGUCAUUGCACUUGCGACGCAGAAGCAGAUCACGCCGACCUGGGUGCAAAUAUUUCUGCGGGGAAUCGGUUGCAACUGGCUCGUGGCGCUAGCCUGCUUUCUCGGUCUUCAAGGCCGGGAUCUCACCAGCAAAAUAGCCGGCCUUUGGCUCCCCAUAUUUGCUUUCGUCUCUGUCGGGUUUGAUCACGUCGUCGCAAACAUGACCUUCAUGCCGUUGGGCUUGUGGAUCGGAACUCCCGGGUUAACCAUCGGUUUAUACAUCUGGAAGGGCAUCAUCCCGUCCUUGCUUGGCAAUAUCAUUGGAGCGACAAUAUUCGGGGGCGGUUAUUACUACUACAUGCACAUUCUCGGAGCGGAGGAUAUUUAUGUUGACGGCGCACCUUAUGUGGUGAAAGGAGAUGGUGUUCCGGUCCACAAUGUACCUCGGGAUUUAGAGAGCAGUGGGAGCAGUGUUGUUGAUAAAUAGGCAUUGGCGUGCAAGAGCGUAUUGUUUGGCACUGGAAUUAGAUUUAGACUAUGAG